CCUCAAUCUAGACUUCCCUCUGCAUUUUCACGUAUCAGGCAUAGUUGGUAGAGAAUUGGAUCGGAGCAGUUAUUGUAGAAUGGGCAAUUGCAGCUCCGGCAAUAUGGGGCAGGUACAGACGGCGAAGCUUAUUCUGGAAGAUGGACAGCUCCGGGAGUUCCCUAACCCGGUGAAGGUUUCCUACUUGUUGCAGAAGUACCCGAUGUGUUUUAUCUGUAACUCCGACGAGAUGGACUUUGACGACUUCAUGAUGGCUAUUGACGAGGACGAAGUGUUACAGCCGGGUCAGCUCUAUUUCGCUUUGCCGUUGAGUCGGUUGAAUCACCCCUUACGGGCCGACGAGAUGGCCGCAUUGGCAGUGAAGGCCAGCUCGGCGCUUAUGAAAAGUGGCUGCUGUGAGAAAUACAUUUCCCGCCGGACACAGAUUGUGGUUGCCGGCGACGAAAGCUCCAAGUCGUGUCGGACAGUGUCUCACAGUCACAGAGUCAGUGGCGCACGUGGUGUAGGUCGAUCAAAAAUAGGAAGGAGAAGUGGCGGUAGUGGUGACCGUUGGGCCAAGUCAACGACGACGUUGGGCACAAUACCGGAAUAGGGCUAGUUUGGGGAGAAAAUGUCCGCCGGUGAUUUUGUUUCGUUGUAAAUAACUAUAACUAGAUCGAUGUGUCCUUUCCAACGAAAAAAGAAAAACCAACAAUCCAACAUUGUAGAGGUGUUAGUCCGCGGAACAAUGAAAGCGAUCAGAUUUCAUUGAGACGGACCAAGUCUUCAUGGCAGCUCUGUUCAAUCGUUGGCUCUGAUUUUCGAGAGUCCCAUGCAUUUUUUUGUAUUGCUUUAUAAUUUUUAAUCCCUACAUUAUUCGAUUUA